AUGCAGAUGACAGGUACUUAUGUUGAUCUUGAUCGUAAAGGAAAUCUGUGAGACUGAAGAUGCAAAUGACAGGUGUAAGAAUACAAUCGAAGGAGGUAGUUCUACUACAGGUAGUUGUAGAAAUCAAAGUUGUAGUGGAAGUUGUACCUCUACUGUGGGAGUACAUCAACUAGUAGGUAUUAACAAGAGCAGUCUGCUGGAAAUGUUAUGUCUUCUUCAAACGAGCACUGUACUCAACCCUACUAGGCUGCCGAACUCGAUUAGCUGGCGACAAGAAGAGUCUCCGUGAUUCUUUGCGGCGAAGUCUGGUCAACGUCGAACGCAUUCGGGAUCGUGUACAGACUCUAGGGAGGAUCGAAGCGAAAACAAUAGAAGCAGUCCAGACGCUGGAGCAUGAGACACUUAAGUGGUUUUUGGUUUUUUCCCAAAUAAAUUCUUUCAUCUUCAUCUGAAGAAGCAUCUUACUUAAGUAGUUACUUUCUUGUUUCUUUCUUGCGUUAAUAGUUUUCAAGUGGGAAGCAAGUUCAAAGAAGAUGCACUUUAAAUGGAGAUGAAAAAUAUGUGGGGAACAUCAAGGUCUAAGACACGGAUGUACCUAGAUGGACGAGGAAUGCCAAGACGCUUAGAGUUAGAAGGUGGGUACGAUAGCAGUUUCAAGCGCGCGCCAUCGGGAUCGGAGGAGUUGACAUACGAGGAAGACCGCUCUUCUGGCCAGGAAGACCAACCCCAGCCAGGUAUGCUGUACCGGAGAAACAGCACCCUAGGGGAUACAGAAAGAAGUCAGCUCGAUCAGUUGGCAGCAAAUGAUUCCUUAGAUGAGGAUGUUGAAGAUGGGGACCAGCAUGUGGAGGACCAGCAUGUGGAAGCACUACUUAAGGCUUCCCCUAUAAUCCUUUUCCUUCCCUGUAGACGGAUUGAUCCCUCAAAGAAACAUAUGCCUCCCAAUACAAGGGAGAUACUGACGCAUAUUUUUCUGGGGGGGUUUCCACCGGGAUGAAGAGGGGAGAGCUCUAAAGCGCGACUUGUUGCUAGUUACGAAGAGGACGAGGGUGGUGACGGUGGUGACGGUGGUUGUAACGAAGUUGGUGGCGAGGAGAGAGUAAAUGUACUAAGCGGCCAUGGAAAUGCUCCCAUGAUAUUAGCGUCCAACGGUGUAGAGCCUGCUUCCGCAUCAAACAACAAUAACAGCAAUAUGAUACUCCACGAGGAGCACACUGAAGAGAAUCAAGAUUUUUAUGUAGCAACUUCUUCUAGGACCACUAGUGGUAGUGGAGCUACAACGACAAGAAAGCUUCUUCAGGAGCAGCAAAACACCUCUAGCUUGGCAGACGAUGUGCUCAAACGCGCUAGAGAGUUGCAAGCGAGGG